AUGAAAUAUGAGCAAAUAGCAGAAUUGCUGAAUGGCAUUGUCGAGAGAUUUGACUGGGAUAAAAUAAUGGAAGAUGAUAAAAUUAUUGGACUGAAACGUGUUUAUAACGGUUUACAACAACAUGGGAUGGUCCGGAGGAAGCCAGGUCGUGGUGAUACAACCCUGUCAGUUAGUUGCUCUGACAAGAUAGCUCGUUGGAAUGUAGUUGGUGUUCAAGGAGCAUUACUUUCCUACUUUCUUCAACCUGUAUAUCUUUCUUCAAUCACUGUUGGUCUUCCCCUUAACAGUCCUGAGAAUUUUCAUUUAGAGGAUAACUUGAAAAGAGCUUUAUAUGAACGUAUCCUGCCCAUAUCGAAUGAACUGACAUCCCCGUUUAUAGUGAACCAACCAAUAUUUCACGCUGCACCAGUACCACCAAAGGACUUUCAGCAAUCUGAGAGUGCUGCCAACACUUUAACAUGCGGGUACAUACAGCAAAUGUUGGAAAUUGUAAAAUAUUCUAUAUGUUGGAAUGAAUGUGGCUUGCAUGAAGUCAUCCUGGGAACCACCGGAAGAAAGCAAGGCACCUCCGCAAAAGGGGCACUCUAUCCAUCCACACAGUCAUCUUUAUGCAAGUGA